AUGCGUGGGCACAGCAUUGCCCCGCAAGUCGGUACCCACAUAGCCCGGAAAGGGUCCACUAAACACGUGGUAACCGUUGCACAUCAGCGAGUGUUUGGUUUUGGCAAUAAUCUCAGGGGAUGUCUGGGUUUAGGACACGACAGUCCUAUACUAUCACCACAAAUAAUACCACAAUUAUGUCAUCAAAACAUACAAUACUUUGUCAACGGAAGUGAUUUUGUGUUAGCAAUGAAUGAUAUAAAUAUAAUAUAUGGUUUUAGUAGUAAUUUUGUCGGACAAUUAGCCCGAAGUGAUCAUAUUGGAAAAGAAUGCCUUAAACCUGAAAUAAUUUCACAUUUUAAUGAUAUAAAUAUUAAACAAAUCAGUUGUGGUAUUCAACACACUCUGGCACUAAGCAGUGAUGGCCGGGUGUAUGCCUGGGGUUGGAAUAAUUGGGGACAAAUUGGUUGCGGAGAUAAUAAUGAAUAUAUUUGUACACCAAUUGAAAUACAAUUCAAAAAUAGUCAUAAAAUACAAUCCAUUUAUUGCUCGUAUUUAUCUUCAUUUGCUAUCACAUCUGAUGGACAUGUGUUCAGUUGGGGUGACAAUGAUGUCAAUCAAUUGGGAUACAAAAUAAGCGAUGAGAAAGUAUUUAUACCUCGAAUGAUAUCAUCGAUCGAUAGAGUGAAAACAAUUGUCGUUCACGAGCUUUACUUAAUAAAAUUGCAUCAAUAUUUCUGGGAGAAAAUCCGUCAAAAAUCACUUCAAAUCAAAUUUACCAAGACUGAGUUUGAGCUCGACUUCUAUUCAAAAAUCAAACUCAGCAAAGUUUGGUCUCAAGGUUGA